AUGCGAGAAUACUGCUCGGAAAACGGACUUUCGGAGGGAUGGGAUGGCCUCAAUCAGGUUUGCGAGGAUGAUGGAGGGACGGAACUUCUUCCGUGGUCUAUCAUCGAUAAUGUCACAGACGCAGAGGUGAAAUCUUGGCCUAUUCUCACCUAUGAGGACACUCUACUGGGUGCUGAGUUUAAUACCUCUGUCUCGGUUGAUCAAGGUCUCUUUCAGAUUGGGUAUCAGACUAUCUUCGACUGGGAGAAUCAAAGAACAAAGCGACACAAUUAUGGCUACGCAUUAGUCGGCUUCUGGGGACUUAUUGUCCUCUUCGGUACCAUGCAUAACUUCAUUCGAUAUCUGAUGAACUCAUCUAUCCUUCGGUCGAAAACAAUGGCGAGAUGUCAGAGUUUCAUCGAGCGAUACUUUGCCGUGCCACCGAUCUUGACGAUGAGGAAGAAAAAUCGAAUUUUCAGCAUGCCUUCCACUCCGAGACUACAGGCCAUCAUUAUUUCGAUAUACUUCAUUAUCAGCAUAGUCCUAAUGUGUGUCGACUAUCAUGCAUUCUCGGAAAACCUUUAUUUCACCAAGAAGUCCACACAGCUAUGGCGGUAUAUCGGAGACAGAGCGGGUGCUUUGGUCAUCAACAAUCUGCCAGUUAUGUGGCUGUUCGCGACACGAAACAAUUUGCUCUUAUGGGUAACAGGAUGGGAUUUCGCCACGUUCAAUACGUUCCACCGAUGGAUAGGCAGAGCGUGCGCUAUCGAGAUAUUUUUGCAUGGAAUGGCAGUUUGCAUUUAUCAAUACAAAGAGCUUGGAACGGAAUAUUUCCUUCCUCUUUGGAAGGACGUUGACUGGUAUAUGGGGGUUGUUGCUGCUUGCUCGAUAAUUCUGAUGACUCUCUUCGCAAGUGCACCAAUUAGAAAGUCAGUCUAUGAUCUAUUUUUGAUCGUUCAUCAAAGCUUUGCUGUUGCUUGUCUUGUUGGAUUGUGGUAUCAUUUACCUGUUGACGGUCCCGACUACGUCAAUUUCAUCUGGCCUUGUAUUGCUGUUUGGUCAUUUGACAGAUUGGUCAGAAUAGUCCGACUAUUGACCUGGAAUAAAUUUGCAUCCUACUCCUCUGCGGAAUACAACCGCGACGGAAAUGUUAUCCAGUUGAGGACUAGAGUACGACGGAUUGCCUCUCCCUGUCCUGGAAGCUACUAUUAUGUUUACGGCUGGCGCUCUCUUAAGUUUUGGGAAAGUCAUCCCUUUACUUUGAGCGGUUGGAACACAGUGAAAACGGCAGACGAAUCAUAUACCGAGCUCAUCUUCCUCAUCAGUGUACAAAGCGGAUUUACUUCCAGCCUCCGAGGCCAACUACUCAAUCAUGAAAGCCCCGAGACUGACUCGUCAUCAGCUGCGAGGAAAGCCUGCCUCUCCGUCGAGGGUCCGUAUGGCUCCAAUUUCUGCCCCUGGCGUUCCGAAACCGCCCUUUUCGUCAUUGGCGGCGCUGGUAUCACGGUUGCAACAUCAUUCAUGCAAGACCUGGUUGAUCUGGUGCAGAGUGGCAUGCAUAUUGACCAGAGGAUCAAGAGGGUCAAGAUAGUCUGGGCUGUGAAGAACCCCGCCUUCUAUCAAUUUGUCUAUGAGCGCUACAUGGCGGCUUGGGAAGCCGUCUUUGCAUCGACAGAUAUCGAGCUAUCGCUGGAUGUGUACCUCACAAUGCUUUCCAAGAUGGAUUCAGACGAUGAGAUGUCUUUACCAGAGCACCGCAACGAGCCCAACGAAAGUACAAAGAACAUGGAUACCGUCAUCUCGCCAUCGUCUUCAUCUAAUUCCCACAUCACGACCGAGAAGGUACCCUCUGGGGAGGCUCCUACCAAUGCGGGCACAGGAAUCCUCAAAACAACUUUCGUGCAGGGAAGGCCGACUAUCAACGAUGUUGUUAGAAGCCAAAUUGAAACUCUCCGCUCUUCCGAGGAGAAGCAACUCGCACUUGUCGGCUGUGGUCCAGCUACAAUGGCCCAUGACAUACGCCUCUCGUUUGUCGAGUCUUCGAAUGAUGCACAAGUCGCAGUUGACUUCCACUUGGCUCCAUUUGGCUGGUGA